AUGAUAACCGAAUUCAGAAAAUACCUAUCUUUAAUUUAUAGAGGUUUAAUUUAUUCUACUAAAUGUUUGAGGGGACCUUCUGAUUAAUAUAUUUAAACUAAAUAAGUUGAAUUAUAAUAGCCUAAAAAACAAACAGGAAAUACUUUAUUUUUAGAUUUAGAUGAAACAUUAAUCCACAGUUGUUCAUUAAACGAAAAUCCAGAUGUAAUUUUAAAAGUUGGAGAAAUAAAUGAACCGUAAUUUCAUAUCGGAUUUCGAAUAAGACCAUAUUGUAUGGACUUUUUAAAAGCAUUAGUAGAAUAUUGGGAUAUAUAUAUAUUUACAGCAUCAUCUUCAACAUAUUCAAACGCAAUAAUAAAUUAUUUAGACCCUGAAAGAAAAUAUAUAAAUGGUAUAUUAAAUAGAUCGAAUUGUAUGGAAACAAAAAAUGGUUUUUUUAUAAAAGAUUUAAGAAUUGCAAAAGGAAAAGAUCUACGUAAAAUAAUUUUGGUUGAUAAUUUAUCACAUUCCUUUGGAUUUUAAAUAGAUAAUGGAAUACCUAUAUUAGAAUGGCAUCAUAAUAAAUACGACGAAGAAUUAAAACAUUUAACAGGAUAUUUAAUUGAGGCUUCUUAAGUUGAAGAUAUAAGAGUUUUUAAUAGAUAAAAAUUAAAAUUAUAAGAACUUAUCAAAAACAAUAUAAAUGAUUUAUGA